AAGAGAGACAGAUGCAGAGGAGAGAAAGCAGGAGACUGAGAGAGACGGGAAGAGAGGACACGGGAUCCGCAUACAUAGCAUCCAGCCGCUCUCUUGUUCUUGCUCGUUCAGUGGUUUUGAUCUCUCACUGGCUCACGUGUUCUCCGGUGGCAUCUGGUCUGGUGGCCCACUCCUUUCUGUGACCUUGUUGCUCGUUCCCGUGGCUCCAUCUCUUUUUCCCGGGUAUACCUGGCUCCAGUAGCCUCCUCAUGAAGCUAGAGGCAAUCCCCGGUGUUCCCCAAGAUGGGGAUUUGGAAUUUGUUUUGGCUACUGACAAGGAAUUUGAAGAGGUCGUGUCCAUAUCCGAAGGUAUAUAUGGGGGUCUGGAUUACCUGCCGAGUCGCUACCAUAGCUGGGUAGGAGAGAAGGACAGGAUGGUUGUGCUGGCGAAGAAAGGAGGGGAUGUGAUCGCUCUUCUUUCCAUGUUCGUGGUGGACGGAGGACAGACAGCCUUGCUCGAGGGACUUCGCGUGGCCCCGUGGGAGCGCGGCAGAGGUGUGGCGGGAGUACUGCAGAGGUUCUGCUGCCAGCUGGUGAAGCACCGCUACCCAAGUGUAAAAGUGAUGAGGCUGACGAGGGAUGACAAACUGACUCCGAAGGAGCUGAACAAAUACAGAGUGAUCGCCAAACAGGGCAUCCUCCUUGUCCGUUUUAACGCACCUGACCUUUCUGCCCGUCUUUCUUCCCUUGCUUUAACCCCUGGGCCUUCUCGCCCACCACCACCCAUCCUCCUGACUCCAGAUGAUGUCCGUGAUGUCUUCCUGGAACGAGGAGGCCUCUUGAAGGAUCUCCUUCCCAAUCAAACCAUCAUCCAGGACUGGCAGCCCUUCCAGGCCCUGCCUGAUAACCACGACCUGCUACUCCGCAAGUCCUUGCGCUGGAUGGCUGAUGAUGUUGCGCGGCCUCGGGUGGCUACUCUCUGCACCCCACCUUUCCCUGUCCCAGCCGGGCCCCUCUGCUUCUACCUCAACAUCGAUGUCUUUGGUUCGGGGUUGAGGGGGGCGCAAGAGCAGCUGCUGUCUCACCUGGCGGCGCAUGCCCCAUCCCUGCCAGGGGAUGUAAGAUGCCAGCUCUUCCUGCCUCCAAACAUGUGGAGGCCCAUGGCUGAUUUUUGCACAUCUGUGCUGGGCAUGCAUUUGGAGAAAGGCUAUACAGAUCAAUACCUCCUGGAAGCUGAUAUAUAGGACUGCGGUGCAAUGCAAACACUGCCUAUCUAGAAUGGGCAGGAGGUUAACCCCCUUCUGUAAUCAAUAACCCCCCUCCUUAGCUGAGCCUUUCCCUGUUGAUAAGUCUGAGCCCUGCUUUACAUUUGGUUAAACACAUACACACACACACUAUAUAUAUAUAUAUACAUAUAUAUAUAUAUACUGUUACGCAAGAAACCUGACCCUUAUCUCAUGGUCAUCAUCUGUAUAUACAUCUAUGCUAUAGAGGAUGCGUCACUGUAUAUAGUAUGAAUGGGUGUGUACGUACAUAUAUUUGUUAGUAUUAAGUCCAGACAACUGCUAUUUACAGAACUAGCCAGACUAUAUUGAUAUUACCAAGACCCUGAUUCCACCUGUUCACAAGGAGCUGUCUUGGUGCUUAAUUUAAUGGUUGGUGUCAUUUUUUUCACCAUCGUGGUUUUUUUUUUUAAACAUCGAGUAAAGCUAAUCAGGAGUAAUUUUCAUUUUA